ACAUCAAGCAAAAAUGGAAGAUGAACAAGAGCCAUGGGAGGCACUAGACCUUGACGACUCAGAUCUUCCCUCUCUCCUCCGCCCUUGCAACGCUCGCCUCCACCACCAAACCCCAUCCGCCAAAUCCCCUAAUCCCACCUCCACUUCCUCCCAACGCCACCACCCAUUCAUCCACCGCUGCUCUCAAACCCCAAUUUCCCAAUCCCAGCACUCCAACUCCCCGUCUCCGCUACCCAAUUCUCCGAGACUAUUUCCGGGCCCUGCCGGAGCUGUCCAGGCCGCAAUGCACCGAAGAAUCCACCACAAUCAGGCCCUUUUGCACCCGGAAGAGGAACCGGUACCUACUCAGGAGUAUAUAAGGAGGGUUGUCGAAAACGGUGAUCAUGCCGAUGCCGACAAUGACUUCGUUAGAGAUCCGUGGCUUUGCGCUCUGGACUUUCUCCACCGUGAAGGUACGGUGGGUGCGCCUUUGAGUUCGAUCAAAAAUGGGUUGAAUGCUGAGAGAGUGGCUCAGGUUGUUGCCAUUAUCAAAUCGUGCACCCCAAAUGGUCAUGGUGACAUGAUGGUGACUCUGAAGGAUCCUACGGGUACAAUCGGUGCUAGCAUCCACCGCAAAGUUCUUACAGAGGGAGAGUUUGGGAAGGACAUAUCUGUUGGCGCGGUUUUAGUACUCCAAAAGGUUGCUGUGUUCUCCCCUUCACGCUCUGCACAUUACCUGAAUGUAACACUAAGCAACUUGGUCAAGGUUAUCUCGAAGGAUAGUGGACCUCCAUUAAAACAACAAUAUCCUGCAUCGGCAACCAAACAUAGUGCUCCUGUUUCUGAAAGCAGUGAAAAGUCCUGGAUGCCACAGGGGAUGCCUUCUCUAUUGCAGGAAAGAAGUGAAGGAAUCAUAAAUAGCCUCAGACAGACUUCUAAGUUGAGAGGAAGUGCUCCUAAUGAUAAAGAGAUGGAUAAAGGGAAGGGAGCAACACAAAGUGGCUGCUUUGGCAGUGGAAUGAGCAGAACCCAAAAUGUUGUUGCAGAGAAAGAAUCCUUAUUAAUGAGAUUGGGUGUGGGCAAUAGAAUCACUGAAGUGGCUUCUAGAGAGGACACCAUAUGUAUUGAUCAAGAAAUUGUGAUGAGUGAGGAGCCCAACCCUUGUAAAGAGACUGAAGGAGGCAAUCCAUCAUGCAACACCCAAGGCAGCAGUGACACAGUAAACUUUGUUGAUGUUCCUGAAUAUCAAGAAGGUGGAAGGACAAAUGAAGCGAACAAGAAGAGGCACCCAGUAAUUUCGAGAGCUUCACUCCCACAGUGGACAGAUGAACAGCUGGAUGUGCUUAUGGCAUUUGACUGAGGUAACGAUGGGUCUUUACUCUAUUACUGCUGUUCAGUUUGUCACACGAAGGUGAAGUUGAUCUUCAAACUGUACAGAUUACAUUUUAUUGAACUGUUUUCCACAUAUGGUAAUACAACGUCUCAGUUUUUUGAA